UAACAAUUUGACACUAUAUCCUAAAUGCUCCGACUUGUUCUCCUCCAAGGAUUCCAGCAAGAUCUAAAACUCUAUUUUGGUAAUGAUCUAGACAAACUUCCUGAACAGGAAUUACUUAUCUAGAGAGUGCUCCAACAUUAUUUAUUGGGGAAAACCUCCCCUAUAAAGAAUAAAUUUAAUAAGAUGCUCAAUCUAUAUUAUUAAUAGAUCCAGUAUGAUGAACUAAAUCAAUCAAAUGUACCUGAAAAAGGGACAGUUUUGGAGUAAAAUGAUUUUGAAAUUGAUCAAGCUUUGUUACCCAUCCAAGGAGGAGAGAUUGUCAAUAUCUCUAAUGACAGGUACUACUAAAAGUUAUUCUUUAGUUUUUUGGAGUCAUCAGGAGGAUCUGUAAAGCCAGCAUAACAGCAGACAAUUAUUCAAAUUGAUAAUAUCAUUGAAAAUGCAGAAAAGCAAUUUAAGCAUCUUCCUUAUGCCACAACCUUUGAAAUCCUCAGUCAAAUGAUAAAAACCACUAAACCUUGGAAGAAAUUUCUUCUUAUAGAAAAAUUUGACAAUUUAAUUAUUAAGACACUUUUAACUAAUAGGGAUUAGAGUUAAUUGUAAAGUAUGCAAGACAUCCUCUUUGCUGAAGAUUCCAGAUCAGAUAUCUACUUAUAUAUCUUGUAAAAUUAUUAAAUUUAAUGAUAUAGUCAUUCAUAUGGAUAAUAAUUCAAAGUAGAUUUCAAAGAGCAUCUAUUGAAUGCUUUAAAAUUGAUGUGGGAAUUUGAUGGAUUACUCGGAAGUGAUAUCAAAUAUAUCUAUUGUCCUUGUUUCCUUAGAUUUACAAAUGUGCUGGAAAUGUAUUUGAAAAGUGUUAGUGUAUGAUAUUUCUAUGUGACAGUAAUUCACC